AUGCGUUUCUCGUUUACUCUGUCGCUCCUCUGCGUAGGACUCGCGUCCGCGGCAGGGAGAAGGUCACUCGUUGAAGACCAGUCACCAGCUCCCCGCGGCUUCCUCGCUGCUCGGGUUCUCUCUGACGAUAAAACCUGUGCCGAGACAUGGGGGAAAGGGAGCAUCAUUUGUACCUCGUACAACUGCUUCAACCCUACUCUUGGUGAGCAGUGCUGUGGGGGUGGAUACAAUUGUGUUGGGGCUAACAAUAGUUGCUGUGGCACUCUUGGUCCUGGUGUAACUGGCACUGCUGGUGUCCCUGCGAAAAGCACCCUUAGUCAACCGCUUCUACCGACUCUCACUCGCAUAGCUCCGUCUGGGAGUUCCUCCACAUCAUCUUCGUGCGCUGGUGUCUCUGGCGAGGAAUGCUGCCAGCGCUUGAGCACCUCUCAGCAUUGGUGCUCUGGAUCGUACCCCAAGUUCCUCUGCUACGAUCCCGCCUCCCAGAGUUGCUGUAGUGAUGGUUCGAGAUGCUUGACAGACAAUUGCUGUUCUUUUGUUAAUGCGACGGCGAUAACUCCAAAUGCUACUCAAGCAACGGCUCGGGCCAGUGGCUCUGUUACUAGCUCCCCCACAACCGCGCAGACAGACGCAACUCGAAGCACCAACCCGGCAGCAGCUACUACCAGUGCGAGUGCCGGGUCGGAUAACGCCGCCAUCAGAAAUACGGUAGGAGGUAUAGCAGUUGCUGCUUUGUGCUCACUUGCCAUGGCGUUGCUGUAA